AUGGCGCGAACAAAGCAAAUAGCUCGCAGAUCCACAUGUGCAUUGAUUCCUAAAGAGCUAGCUGAAACCAUUGAAGAUCUGAAUUCAUUCCCAAACAAUGGAGAGGUGAUGAAGAAGAAGCCCCACAGGUACCGCCCUAGAGUUGAAGCUUGCCGAGAAAUCCGCAAAUACCAGAAGAACACAAAUCUUUUGAUUAAAAAACAAUCAUUCCAAAGGGUUGUUCGAGAAAUUGCUCAGGAAUUCAAGGCAGAUCUGCGCUUUCAAAGCCAUGCAAUAUUGGCUUUACAUGAAGCUGCUGAGGCUUUUCUUACUGGACUGUUUGCAGACACCAACCUCUGUACAACACAUGCUAAGCGUAUCACCAUAAUGCCUAAGGACCUGUGGCUUGCUAUGAGGAUCCGAGGUGUAUUUUCAGUGCCAAAUGUGACUAUAUUUGUGUGA